CUCUUGUCGGGGACAAUGGCGGCGGCCAUCGCCAGCUCGCUGAUCCGACAGAAGCGUCAGGCCCGCGAGACCAACAGCGACAAGGUCGCCACCAACAAGCGGCGCUCCAGUCCCAGCAAGGACCCCCGCUCUCUGUGCGAGCGCCACAUCUUCAGCGUCUUCAGCAAAGUCCGCUUCUGCAGCGGGAAGAAACGGCCCGUCCGGCGGAAACCAGAGCCGCAGCUGAAGGGCAUCGUGACGCGUCUGUUCAGCGAGCAGGGCUUCUUCCUGCAGAUGCUUCCUGAUGGAACCAUCGGCGGGAACAAAGACGAGAACAGCGACAACACCCUCUUCAACCUGAUCCCGGUGGGUCUGAGGGUCGUGGCCAUCCAGGGAGUGAAAGCUGGACUUUACGCCGCCAUGAACGCCGAAGGGUUCCUCUACACAUCGGAUGUGUUCACAGCUGAGUGUAAGUUCAAGGAGUCGGUGUUCGAGAACUACUACGUCAUCUACUCGUCCACGUUGUACCGGCAGCACGAGUCGGGCCGGGCCUGGUUCCUCGGCCUGAACAAGGACGGCAUCGUGAUGAAGGGCAACCGGGUGAAGAAGACCAAGCCCUGCUCACACUUCGUCCCCAGACCCAUCGAGGUGUGCAUGUACAAGGAGCCGUCGCUGCACGAGCUGGAGGAGAAGCUGCUGAAGUCGUCGCGGAGUCCGACCCUGAACAGCGAGAGGCGUGCGCAGAGCGUGGAGCGGGCGCAGCGCGAGCAGCAGGAGGAGCAGGAGGAGGACGAGCUCACAGAGCGCGACGGCUCGUAGCCUGCAGCGCCCCCCGCAGGAGCAGGAGGAGGCAGCGAACUCUGUCCGACAGCCACCACCA